UGGGGCGCCAGAGGGAGAGAGAACGUCCUCUAGCUGUGUGCAAGGACACGGCCCUGAACGGUAAAACAGCUUUCAAGCAUCUUGCGGGACGGGGAAAAGGUUCAUCAAUCGAUUUGAGUUUCGACUUUGGGAUAGGUGCGUGUUUGCGUUUAUACACUGAAUUGUGAUUGACUGAAUUAAGUUUUCAAACGUCGGCGUCUCACGAAUUUGAAGAAGUUUCCAAAAGUUUUCCAAAACUGCAAACUCCAGUCGGACGACAGGAGAGGAGAUAAUAUGAUUCUUCAAAGAGACCAGCUCCUUCUCCAAUAAGAUCAUGGAGUCUUACAUCCGUGGAGGAUGGUGGCGAUGGAAGUUCCGUAACGUCCUGCCAGUUGCCCUGCUGUUGAUGUCUGUGCAAAGACAAGCAGUGUUGAGCUGUAGUAACUCCAACUGCGUUGUGGUGCUCACGGACUCCCAGGGUGCAUUCACCUCCCCCUGCUACCCACAAGAUUACCCCAGUAGUCAGGCCUGCAAGUGGACUCUGCAGGCUCCAGCUGGAUUCAUUGUGCAAAUAACCUUCCUCGACUUUGAGCUUGAGGAGGCCCUUGGGUGCAUCUACGACCGCAUCAUUGUCAACACGGGCAACCAAGAUGUUAAGUUUUGUGGCUUAACAGCCAACGGACUGACGCUAAACUCCACCGGCAAUGUGAUGGAGGUGUCAUUUAACUCAGACUUUAGCGUCCAAAAGAAAGGAUUCAGUGUCAGUUACAGGCAAGUUGCCGUGGCGCUAAGGAACCAGAAGGUCACAGUGUCCAACGGCGCAGGCAAAGUGGUCCAAGUCUCCAACUUGGUGACCAUACCUACCCUUCAGCAGUUCACCGUGUGCUUCGAGAUAGCCCAGCCUAACCAAAAGAGCAAGGAGACUAUCUUCUCUUACACCUGGCAAGAGAACAGCAGUGGUGAAGCAGCCCUCAGUUUCGGAAAUAACCAGGAUGGAGUGGCGCUGGUCAUGAGUAACGAGACAUGUCUGCUAGACUCUAUCCGCAACGCCUCGGACUUCACUUCCACCAUGAAGCAAUUCUGUCUCACGUGGGCCUCCACCACAGGCAAAGUGACCCUCUACUACAACAGCAACUACAGGGUCAAGACCUGCUCCAACACGAUUGGGCGCUCAGUGGGGGCUGGGGGGCUCUUCAGGCUGGGGUCCCAUAGCAGCUUUGAUGGGACCAUCUAUAACUUCCGCCUGUGGGAUUACGCCAUGGACAUGAGACAGCUGGUCUCCCUUACCUGUGACGCCGUCGGCAACGUCAUCGACUGGGACAACAGCUUCUGGGACAUCCCCUCUUCACUGGCACAGACGGACAGCACACUGAGCUGCAUCUGUUUCCCACAUUGCAUACACUUAACAACGGCUGCUCCAUCUAGUGGUACCUCUGUACCCGUCAAUACAUCACAGACCACCAGCUGUGCCUCUCCUGGACUGGGCUGCCCAGCAACAUUAACUUCCACCAGCUCAUCCAUUGUCACCACUAACAUGAUUGCUACUAAUUCAACAACCCACGUUCUCUCUGCUACCACUUCAUCUGCCACCACUACUAGCAUGCCUCUAUCUACCAGCUCAUCAACUGAGGGUCUUUUCUACAGGAUCUCCUUUGUUGUCAAUGACAAGGAGGCCAAACUAACGGAGUCUGAUGUUGAGAAAACUGUUGCACAAUGGCUCAAUCAAACAUUCCAAAACUGGACACAUGUGGUCUAUGUCGAUCAUUUCAGUAUCCAGCCUAACAGUGACUCACAGCUUAAGAGGAGUGCCAGUAAAAAAUUCACUUGCCAGGCCCUGCUGGUCUAUCAGACCACCACCAAUGUGACCCUGGGAGAAGUAGCCAUCUCCACCAAGAUGGUGGGAAGCAGCCCUAACAUUGGCAAUGGACUGGAGCUAGAAGCUGUCGCCGUGCAGUCUGUCGAGAACUGCCCGGAGGAAACUCCCCUCCAUUAUAUCUGGCCAGAGAGCAGACCAACGGUCACUCAGUAUGUCCCCUGUUUCCCCAACAAAGACCAGACUACAUCCAGAACAUGUGAGAUCAGCCGCCUGAAUUACACAGCGUUUUGGGUCGGCCCAGACCUCAGUAAUUGCACUGAUAUCGAUUCCAUCAAUGUUUCAGCAGAGAACGCUGCUGAAGUUGCCGACCAGCUUGCUGACAUCACCAACAACGAGCUCUCCGUAGACGAGGUGUUCAAGGUGGUGGGCAAAGUGAAGCAGCUUGUCAACGUGGCCAAGAUCAACACCACUCUGGCCACCACCGUAUUGAACAUCAUCUCCAACGUGAUGACCAGCUCUGUGUCAGCCCUGGCUGUAGCCUCAGAGAGGACAUUGAAGACGGUGGAUGAGCUGGUUCAGAAGUUAGAGUUUGAUGGGCCUUCAGUGAGCAUCACCUCUAAAAAUCUGGCUCUGGGCAUCUCAACACUGAACCAUGGCAAGUUCAACGGGACCUCCUUCAGUGCCUUCAUACAACCCAACACCACAGACCUCCAGAUUGACUUUGAGUCUAACCAGCUGAAUCCCCUGGCUCAGGUCACACUGCCAGCUACUUUGCUCAGAAACCUGACCGACGCUGAGACCGCUGCCAUCUCCAGGAUUAACUUCAUGUUCUUCAGCAAGAUAGGACUAUUCCAGGAUGAACAGGACGGGUUGUCUCUUAACAGCUAUGUUGUGGCCAGCAGUGUGGGCAAUUACUCCAUCAGUAACCUGCAGGAUCCCGUGGAGAUUGAGAUAGUACAUCUGAACUACCAGCCAAAGCCAAAGCCAACCUGCAUGUUCUGGGAUUUUACCAUGAAAAAUGGUUCAGGUGGCUGGAACAGUAAAGGCUGCAGGGUUAGUCCCAUGUCCAAUGGAAACAAGACUAUCUGCCUCUGUGACCAUCUCACACACUUUGGCAUCCUAAUGGAUAUCUCUGGAUCUGCUGAACAUAUUGAUGAGAAAAACACCAAGAUUCUUACCUUCAUCACCUACAUCGGAUGUGGCAUAUCGGCCAUCUUCUCUGCUGUAACGCUUCUAACUUAUAUUGCCUUUGAGAAGUUGCGUCGUGACUACCCGUCCAAGAUCCUGAUGAACCUGAGCACGUCACUGCUCUUCCUCAACAUGUUGUUCCUAUUGGAUGGCUGGCUGGCCUCCUUUGAAAUGGACGGCCUGUGUGUGGCUGUGGCUGUCUUCCUCCACUUCUUCCUGCUCACAUCCUUCACCUGGAUGGGCCUUGAGUCCAUCCACAUGUACAUCGCCCUGGUCAAAGUGUUCAACACCUACAUCCGGAGGUACAUUCUCAAGUUCUGCAUCGUCGGCUGGGGUCUGCCUGCUGCGAUAGUUGCUACAGUGGUAGCUAUUGACAAAAACUCCUAUGGGAAAAUGGAGUAUGGAAAGGGGGAGACUGGACAAGGCUCUUCUGAAUUCUGUUGGAUCCGGAGCCAGGUGGUGUUCUAUGUGACGUGUGUGGGCUACUUCUCUGUCAUCUUCCUCCUGAACGUGGCCAUGUUCAUCGUGGUUAUGAUCCAGAUCUGCGGUCGUAACGGGAAGCGCAGCAACCGCGCGCUGCGUGAGGAGGUGCUGAGGAACCUGAGGAGCGUCAUCAGUCUCACCUUCCUCCUGGGCAUGACCUGGGGCUUCGCCUUCUUCGCCUGGGGACCCGUCAACCUGGCCUUCAUGUACCUCUUCUCCAUCUUCAACUCACUGCAAGGUUUAUUCAUCUUCAUAUUCCACUGUGCACUGAAAGAGAAUGUCCAGAAACAGUGGAGGAGAUACUUGUGCUGUGGCAGAUUCCGCCUGGCAGACAACUCAGACUGGAGCAAGACGGCCACUAACAACACCAAGAAGGUCAGCUCAGACACGGUGGGGAAGUCCCUGUCCUCCAGCUCUUUUGGCUCCAGUACAGCAAACUGGACUUCCAAGGCCAAAGCAACUCUAAACCCCUUUGCAAAGCGCAACAGUAAUGCAGGUAAAGGUUACUCCAACCAGACCAAUCCUAAAAGUGUCUCCUUGGAUGGUGAGGCCUCCUCUUCCUCCUCCUCCAUCAUCCCAGUGCACCAAGUCAUUGACAAGGUCAAGGGUUACUGCUCGGCGCGCUCUGACAACUUCUACAAGAACAUCAUCAUGUCGGACAGCUUCAGCCACAGCACCAAGUUCUAGCCCACCCAGCACUUCUCUUCCUCCUCCUGCUUUUUCUGCUAGCCCCUAACCAGUGGUGAUCUCCCCAGUCCACAGUGUCACCCCAGGGUUGUAGCUUCCAGAGCAACAGGGCUGUAUUGUUUUUACUGUACAAUAUUUGACUUAAUCAGCUGGUCCAGUCAGUGAGAUGUACUGAAAAGGGAAGUGAGGAAAUGCAUAGUUCUGUAGAAAAGGGAAUGGCUAAGCGGAGAAUGGAGUUUGGGAUUUACAUACUGUGACAUUAAUCUUUAACUGGCUAUGUGUUGUGUAAAUAUUUAUGGUAUAUCUAAUACGCCCCCUAUAAUUGAUUCUCAGUUGGUGUUGCACAUGCCUUGGGUUUUCAGUAGGGUCACCUUUCCUGUACAGAAAUAUCAACAAUCUUAACUGUUCUGUUCUCAUUCUGCAAUCUGUAGAAAUCCAGUAUGAGCAACAGGGAAGCAAAAUCCUCCAAUCUGGACCAAAUAUUCAGGCUUAGGCCUAUAUUUCAAACCCAAAGACUACCAAACAUGAGGGAGUUUGUAAAAGCUGUAGCGUUGUCAAUGUGUGCUCAAAAGGAACAGGUUGAGGUGUAGUUCUGGUUUUAGUCAUCUAUUUGUGAAUCCUGUGUGUGUUUAUUUGCUGGAAAGAAAUGUUAUGUUCCUUUACAGUGCCUCGCAUGAGGAGGUUUUGCAUAAAGUACUUUAUCUUGGUCAGCCUACCAACAUCAUCAUCAAGACUAUGUUAUAUUUGUCAUGUAUAUAUUUUUUAAACCUUCAGAUGCUCUACUACUGAAUAACACAUGCAGAAAUGGAUGUCUGGUAUUGGUCCAUUCACUACUACUUCAUUUUGGUCACUUCGAUUUAGGACAACCUCUGUGGGUGAUCUAUGUUUAAAGUGUCAUUUAGUCUGACUCUUCUAUGGAUAGAGGUUACCAGAGCCAUGUAUUCACAAUAAAUAUAUGUCUGUAGAGGUUACUAAACCCGCAGCCAUUAAACUUACAUUUGGUAAGAUAGUUUCAUAAACAUUCCACAUUGAAUUAUUCCACAAUACAGCAACUCACAACAGACUGUAAUGAUUGAAAAGGGACGACAAACACUGGCAUUAUUUGUUCAUGCACGUUCAUGCCAACAUUUUAAAAUGGCAACAUGUUAAUCUGCUCUUCAGUGUUGCUUUAGUUCACUUAAUAUGGUUGUCUUAUUGUCCCACCAAUAGGGGAACUGAAUAUAUUGCAUUGUGUUAAAUGUUGCUGUGUGAGCUAUUGUUGUUUGUGUUUGUGAAGCGAUGGAACAAUGUUGUUUAAAAGUGUCUUUAUAUUUAUUUCUAUAGAGCUUUUUGCAUUUGUUGUUCCUCUUGAAUCCCCAAUGCCAGUUGAUCAGGACUAUGCCCCUGGAUAGAUAGAUAUACUGGUUUUGGAAAGAUGUAACUUGGUGGGUAAACAAAGCAUCGCUCUUGACCUGGGCAGGCGAAUAGGGUCAGUUAUAUUUUGGAAGCAGUCAGUGUUCUCAACUGUUCUUUUCCAGCAUCAGGAAAAUAAUUGGAGCAUCAAUGAGAAAUUCCCUCAGGGGCCAAAGUUCAAGAGGUAAUGUGGUGUUGAACAGAUUUGGGGUCUUCAUUUCAAGAACGUGUGGGAAGGGAUUACAGUGGUUUGAGACCGUAAGAUGGAGUUCUCAUCUUUACAAUGAAUUGGAAAAUGACUGCUGGCAUCAUCUUUAUACAUAUUUGAAUAAGAUAUUCCAAAAUACACAUUUCCAAAUAUUCAAAAAAGUAGUUAUCAACCUUUAUCAAGUAAUGUUAUUUGUUAUAGGCUAUUAUUUAGAGGUGCACAUUGUUCUAUCAAUGCAGAGAGAAUCCAGACAUCAUUUUCUCUGAUUCAUUUGUACAUUUCCCUAAUAAUUAAAUCAUGUUUCCAGGACAAAGAGCAAGGAAAUUACGAUGCUUAGAUCCAAACCAAUAUUCUACUUAAGAUGUAUCACUGAUUUAAUAUGGAUGGUCUGGGUCUAUUUGACAACAUUCUCCAAACCCUGUUUAUUAGUUUUUCCACAACUUUUGUCAAUAAUAUAUUUUCUUAAAGCUGUCUCUGUAUGUCUCAACACCAUUGAUGAAUUGUGUUUCACCAAUAAAGGGAAUUAAAAGAACUGAAAUGUACAAAGGUGA